AAAGACUCUGCCUGGCUUUGCUCGCAUGACUGUGUUGGAGUCCCUUGGGAGUGAUCCCAGACAGCUUUCAGCAGCGCUGCCACGAUCCAAUCAUGCCCGCACUGCACAGAGCACUCUUGCUCGCACCGAUGCUCUCAUUCGCAUACGAACCACUGUCGCGCCGCCGCAUCGCUGGACUAGCGGCCGCCUCACUUGCACCACGCGUUGCGCGCGCGGAUGAACCUGCUGUAGAUGCAGAAAUGCUUGCGAACAUCCAGAAGUCGCGCGACGCUUGGAAGACGAACGCCGCGAGGCGGGGGUUCGCGCUUGAGGCCGGCGCGUCGAUGCCGUUCGUCAAGGAAGGCACGGUCGGCGCCCCGGACCGGUCUGCACCCUCGACCUUCGGCGCGCCGCGCCCAAAGAGCAAGCGCGAAAUCCGCAAGGAGGCGCUCGCCGAGGCCGCGGCGUCGGGCCUGCCCGACGGCUGGGUCGAGGUCACGGACGACGCGGGCCGCGUGGCCUUCUACGGCAACGUGAAGACCGGCGAGCGGCAGUCCGAGCGGCCGGGCUAGGGCCGUCGACGCUAGCUGUGAGUAGGCAUUUCUUGGUAACCGCC